AUGAUAACCGAGGAGAAGCAAUCUCAUCCCAUCCAAUACAACACCCCCGACCACUGCAAAUCCGGCAUCUGGAUCUCAAUCGGGGUGACCGGCCGCGCCUGGAACCCCAAUGACCAUGCCAGGUCAUACUCUGGAUUGUCAGCAGCGUUCAUUUGUGAGAAUCAGAAAAUCCUAGUCCCCGUUGGCGAUCAGCACGCGGUUCGUCUCGACUUUUCCCGGACGACGAUGCGCUACAUCCAGGGAGCAGACAUCAUCCGCAUUCGCGAUGGAGUUGCUCGUACGAUGCGUCUGCGUUCAUUGCCUCGCCACAGACCCAUCCAGCUAGACCAACCACAACACGCCCUCUUACCACGACCCGACGGCACAUAUCUCAUCACCGGUGGUCUGGGAGCUCUCGGUCUUGAAGUUGCCGACUUCCUUAUCACGCAGACCGACACCCUCCGCCUCGCCUUGGAUAAUCUCUUCCUCCCCCCGAUCCGCGGAGUCGUGCACGCCGCCGGCGUCCUCGCCCCGAAGAUUACCGGCGGGCUGGUCUUGAACGAGGUCUUCCCGCCUCAAAGCGUCGACUUUUUCAUCCUCUUCUCCUCCUGCGGCCAGCUCGUUGGCUCCACAGGCCAACGCUCCUACGGUGCCGGCAACGCCUCCCUGAACACGCUGGCCACCCACCGCCAGCGCCUGGGGGACCGCGGCGCGCGCGCCUUCCAAUGGACCACCUGGCGGGGCCUCGGCAUGGGCGCCAGCACCGACUUUAUCAGCGCCGAGCUGACCAGCAAGGGCAUCAGCGACGGCGACCACGCCGUGGUGUUGCGCGCCCUCCCUCUGGAACCGGAUAACCCGCUCCCUUCCCCUGCGCUCGCCGAUAUCGUCAUUCGUCGCUCGGCGACAGGACCGCAGGAGUUAUCCACCUCUUCUUCUUCUACUUCCACUUCAUCAGCCUUGAAUAGAGCAGCGAUCCCCACCUCCGGCCCGGAGCUGAAAACGUAUCUUGAUCAGGCGAUCCGCGGCUGUGUCGCUGCCGUGCUGCACCUCCCCUCGGCGGAUGAGGUGGAUGCCAAAGCCACCCUGGCGGAUCUGGGCGUCGACUCCGUCAUGACUGUCACGCUAAGGCAGAAGCUACAGCAGGCCCUAAAGGUCAAGAUGCCCCCAACGCUGAUGUGGAGUCAUCCUACCGUGGAACAUUUGGUGGGGUGGUUUGCUGAGAAGGUGGGGAAGGAUUAA